AUGACUCAAUCGUAUUCCCUCCCACCAUAUAAGAGCAUCCCCACGAAGGUCGCGGUGGUGGUGGCGGUAGAUCCUAAGCACCAUGAGCAAACUGCUGAGCUGGACCCUGCUGCAGUGGAACCUGAGGAAGGGGGACCUGCUGAACGGGAUCCUGAUGAUCAUGCUGAGCGGGAAUCUACUGAUCCUGCUGGACCUGAACCGGUGGAACUUGCUGAACCCGAAUCUGCUGACCCUGCUGCACCUGAACCUGAGGAGCCUGCUGAACUGCAGCCAUAUGACGAGCAACCUCCUGAGCAGCUACUCGGGCGGCCUCCUGAGCGGCCUGCCUGGCUGCCUCAUGGGAAAUCCGCUGAACUUCCUCCUGAGCGGCCUGUCUAUCGGCAUCCUGAACCAUCUGUCUCAAUACAUCCUGAUCAACCGGUGGAGGCGCGGGUGGCAGAACUGCGGGCUGCUCAUGCUCAUCUACAUCGUCUCUAA